AUGGAGACAAGAUAUCCUCCGCCAUGGUAUCGAUUACUAGAACAAAGUCACAAAAAAAACCAUAGGAAUGUUGCGUUUGUUCAAAUGACGAACCUACGUAGGAAUGGUCAACCAUCGUUGCAUAACAUAAGGUUUUUGGACUUUCUUAAAGAUGAUCCAAGAUAUCUCUUAUUUUCAAUGGCUUUUAAUGACCACAACUUACACGGUGACAUUAAAUCGAAUCCAAAUGCUCAAUUAAACUGGCAAAUGCCGAUAUCAAAGGAAAUUUAUAAUUUCUCGGGUCGAUUUUAUAUUACAUCAUCGCAAAAUAAGAUAACCAGGUUUCCAGCCCCAAAGAUAAUUCUCGACGAACCAAAUAACAUCUCCCCACGUGAAUAUUGGGAGUCGCUGCGAUGUCAAUUAUGGAAUUCGCUUUCAUCGCAAAGCAGGGCAACUUUUACCUGGCCUCCGUCAGGAGAGAUUCCAAAGAGCGAUAAAGAUUCGUUCAAAUGUUUCAAGUUGGAUUCAAUGUUGAAUAGUACAAAUUCUGUUAAUUCUUCCGAGAAAAUCUUGCAUGAUUUGGCAUUUGAGAACUUUUGUAUUUUGAUAUUUAAAGCAAACGAAGCUAUGAGGUUUGACUAUGAAGCAUUUCCACCGAAAAGAAUAGUCUACAAUUUUGAUGAUGAGGAAAACGUUUGGGAAGUUGAAGAGGCAAAUCCAUGA